GCAGUAGUUCUACUUCUACAGCUCUCGCGAAGCGAAAAUUUCCUCCCCCCUUCAAUCUGACGACUAAAGCGAAAAUGAUCGAAUUCAAAUCCGAAGAACAGAGCCAGCUCCAGCUCGUUGAAAGAGAAGAUGUUGAUGAUGAAGAAGAAUUGUUUGAAGCAAUCGAUAAACUGAUCUCUCAAGGAAUCAACGCUGGAGAUGUCAAAAAGCUCCAAGAUGCCGGAAUAUACACUUGUAAUGGCUUGAUGAUGCAUACGAAGAAGAGUCUGACAGGGAUAAAGGGACUAUCCGAAGCGAAAGUGGAUAAGAUAUGCGAAGCUGCCGAGAAGAUAGUGAAUUUCGGUUACAUAACUGGAAGCGAUGUUCUUCUCAGAAGGAAAUCCGUGGUUCGAAUUACUACUGGAAGCCAAGCCCUGGACGAACUAUUAGGCGGGGGGAUCGAAACUUUAUCUAUUACAGAAGCGUUUGGGGAGUUCCGGUCGGGGAAGACUCAACUCGCGCACACUCUGUGCGUUUCCACGCAGCUUCCUCUAAGUAUGCGAGGUGGCAAUGGGAAGGUCGCUUACAUCGAUACCGAAGGAACCUUUCGACCCGAUCGUAUUGUCCCCAUAGCAGAGAGGUUUGGCUUGGAUGCAGGGGCAGUCCUCGACAACAUCAUCUAUGCACGUGCUUACACAUACGAGCAUCAGUACAACCUCCUCCUCGGCCUAGCAGCUAAAAUGUCUGAAGAACCGUUUAGGCUUCUGAUUGUCGAUUCCGUCAUUGCUCUCUUCCGCGUGGAUUUCACAGGAAGAGGGGAGCUGGCAGAGCGCCAGCAAAAGCUGGCGCAGAUGCUCUCUCGUUUGACGAAGAUAGCUGAAGAGUUUAAUGUUGCGGUGUACAUGACUAACCAAGUUAUUGCUGAUCCUGGUGGGGGUGUAUUCAUAUCGGACCCAAAGAAACCAGCGGGAGGACAUGUUCUUGCCCAUGCAGCCACGAUUAGACUGAUGUUUAGGAAAGGCAAAGGCGAACAGCGCAUCUGCAAGGUGUUUGAUGCCCCGAAUCUACCCGAGAACGAAGCUGUUUUUCAGAUAACACCGGGGGGCAUUUCAGACGUGAAAGAUUGAAGCUCAGAUCCUCUUUUCUGCUAACAGAAGAGAAGUAAAAUAGGCAAAAGCAGGGACUUGUUUUGUUUAGAGCCAGACUGACCAUGCAGUAUAUGAAAGGUAUCUUAUCUCUUUCCCUGUAUGGAAGGAAACUUCUUUUACCUGUUUGAUUUUGGCAUACAAAAUAUUGUACCAGAGAGCCACUUGGCUGAGUAACAAAAUAGUGAUCAAUUUCCUUUG